AUGUUCAUGGUGUUUUUUCAUAAUGGUGAAUUGUACGAGUGACGACAUGACCCAAGCGCUAACUAGUGCACUUGCGACUAUUUCAUAUCCAUUGUAUAACUUUUCCCAUUAAUGCCAUUUUUUAUAUUUUUUAUCCCAACAACAGUAACAAUAAUAAAAACAACAUCCAACCAUCAUAUUAAGCGUUAUUUGGAGUGUGAAUUAACUGCUUCCAAGGUUAUUAUAAACUGCAGUUAAAUCGGAUUGUACUUUGGCAUAGCCCCACCUGUCGGACUUUUUCUCUUUCGACACUCAGGAUCCGGUUUUACCGGUUCUUUUCUUUUAUCGACUACUGGCUUGCUUCGUUUCGUGUUGAACGUUUACGGUUAUCCAACAAUGAAGUUUUAUACGAAGUUAUUUUUACUCUGCAGCCUUGGAGUCGCUUUCAUUGCGGUUCAAUGGAGCGGCUCGUCUUUUCAUGCAGAGUCUUUGAAAGGUGCCCGGGUGCUGGUGACUGGUGCCAGUACUGGGAUCGGUGAGCAGUUGGCAUACCACUAUGCCCGCUUGGGAGCCCAACUUGUUCUAACAGCGAGAAGGGGAAAUGUCUUAGAACAAGUUGUGAACAAGUGCCUGGAAAUGGGCGCACAGAAAGCCUUGUUUAUCCCAGCAGACAUGGCCAAUCCUGCAGAUUCGGACCGUGUGGUUCAGUAUGCCAUCGACCAGCUUGGGGGGCUGGAUUUUUUGGUUUUGAACCAUAUCGGGCCAAGUCCAUAUGGAAUGUGGGAUGGAGAUGUGGAGCACACUCGAUGGUUAUUACAGGUAAAUUUUCUCAGUUAUGUCCAGAUGGCUAAGAAAGCUUUGCCAACACUUGAAAAUAGCAACGGAUCCAUAGUUGUCGUUUCCUCCCUGCUGGGAAAAGUAAGUAACCCUUUUGAGUUGCCUUACGCUGCAACUAAAUUUGCGCUGAAUGGAUUCUUCGGUGGUCUGCAACAUGAACUAGCGAUGCAAGGAAGCAAUGUCUCUGUGACUAUCUGCACACUCGGCCUUAUCGACACAGAGACCGCAAUGGAAAAAAUCAAAGGUUACAUCAAUAUCACCGCCUACCCCGCACACGAAGCCGCCUGGCACAUCAUUGCAGGUGGAGCGUCUCGGCAGACGGAGGCCUAUUACCCCUGGUACACCUACUACGUGUGUCUCUUUAGGGAUUGGUUUCCUUAUGUAAGGGAUCUGGUGAUUCGAAAUUCCUACACGUAUAAUCCACAAGCUGUAGGGAAUCAGUGAGUGAAAGAUUUCAAUAGAAAUCUGUCUGUGGAAGGACACAUGAAACAAUAAAACACUCCAAUUCCACUCCACUAUUCUUAUCGAUAUAAAAAAUGAAAAUUGCUUAUGUGAAGAUAAGACUUUUAUAAUGUAUGUUUAUAUACUUUUAUGAGUUUAAAUGUUGUUUACAUUCAUGCAUUUUACCGUGUAUAUUCAUAAAUUGUGUAAAAAUGAUUUUAAGCACUAAUUGGCACUAGUCCUAUCAAAAAUAAUGGCUAAAAAGACAAAUAACCUUAAAAACUAAGCGCCGGCUAAAAAUGAAAACUGCUUCUGUGAUGAUGUUUUAUUGUAAUUUACUUCAAUUCACGUUUAUAUGUAUAAAUGUUGUUUACAUUGUUGUAUUUUUACCAUAGACGGUUUUAGCGGCAACAACAUAAACAAACGUUAUGUGUCCCAAACUUAACUUCCCAUAGACUCCCACAAACAAUCAAUAACUGUUAAGUUAUAAAGUAAUUUAAUACAAUUAAUAACCAAUAAAAUACUAAUAUAAUUGAAUAUUAAUAUAAAUUGAUUCUAAAAUAAAUUGUUAUAUUAUAACCAAACACAGACCGGAAGUUAACAUCAGGGCAGGCUUGUAAUGACAAUUUGCCACUAGCCCUAUCUAUAACAAUGGCUAAAGAAGCUCAAAAAUCCUAAAAUACAGAGCUAAAUAUAAAAAUUGCAUCUGUAAAGAUGUUUUACGUUCAUUUACUUCAUUUUAUGUGUUUAUGUAAUUUUAAGAGCAUAAGCGUUGUUUACAUGUUUACUGUAUAUAUAUUCCUAAAUUGUGGCAGCAUAAUAUAUAUAUAUA